GAAGUGUAUACAAUAUGCUAUUUGACCUUGGAUUAGUUGUUGGGAAUCCCUUUUAUCUUGCCACUUUAGGCUUGGCAGCAGUUGGUUGGAUCGUUGAAUUUGCCGGUGCUGCUGCUUCUAAAGUUGAAGGCGUUGCUUGGUUUUAUAUAGUUUAUGAAUUGUUUAUUAUAAUUGGUAUUUUUGCCGCCAUCGCUACCAAUGCCUUAAAUUACUAUCGUAUUUCUUUUAUAUUAUUAUUAUGUGUUUUUAUUGGUCGUAAAACCCUUAACUUAAUUAAUUAUCAAACUCAGAUUGUAUCCCUUUUGGCUAUUGGUAUAUCUUUUCAAAUCAAUAUAAUUACUUUUGAUAUUGGAAUUUCUCUUGCUCAAUUUCAAGCUUUUGCUGCCGGUGCCCUUUUUAUUACUAUUGUCUCGCUUGUUUGGAUAAUCUCACUCGGUGCUGAAGAUGGCUCCCUGGUUGGAGACACCAUAAACUCUUGGUCCAUCAACAGUAAACCUACUAAUCCGAGAAAUGUUCAUCCAGAUGUUGGUUUUCCUCCAGGUGUUCAACUCAACUCUGGGCAAAUGAAUAUGCCAGAUCAAGUAGUUGUAUCCCCUAAUGCUGAUUAUGCCUACAAGGCUAAAGCUUUAUAUGAUUAUCAAGCAAAUCCCGAAGAUCAUACUGAACUUUCAUUUACCAAAGGUGAAGUUCUUGACAUUGUAGAUAACAAGGGUAAAUGGUGGCAAGCAAAAAAAGCUGAUGGUACAAUUG